AUGGCUCUUGCGUCUACCCGUCAUCCUGUCAUGUCUCAUAUUCACCCCAAAUUUAUGGGCUACACAGCUAUCAUCAUUAUCCAGAUUUUCAUCAUGGCAUUGGGAUACUUGAUGAGGAACUAUCCUGGAGAGGUAACAAUGCUAGUCACAUCGAUAGCAACUGUGCUAUCAAUCGCCACUACUAUUUGGGAUGCUGAGGCUCUCAACGGCCGGGUGGACCACUCGACACCGGUCUAUUUCAUGUGGCCAGUACAGUUGAAUGGUUCCGAAAUCGACAUAACUGGAAGCGCGUUUGCCACCUUGCUCCGCGAAGAAUUUCUGGCAAAUGGUCUGACUUUCAGUAUGUAUCUCUACUCGAGUUACCAAGUGGACAAUGCUUUCGAAAUUCUCGAUAUCGGCGGAAUGCUCAGUGGAGUUGCUGCUGCAGGGUUUACCUUCGGUGCAAAAUACAACAUAUCUACUCUCAACACAGGAGUUGUACCCGGAUCAUACUCCAGGGCACCCAUUCCCCAAGGUUUCAGCACGAACUAUUCGAUGUGGCAACAAGGGUUAACAGCGAAUGUCAGCUGCCAGGCCAUUGACUCAAGCCAAAUGCAGUACCUUUGGAACACGAACUCUGAUGUCAUCUAUACCAACCCAGCUGCUUCGAGCAACAACCCCAUUACCGGUCUUCGCUUGUGGAAUAUCCGUGCAAACUGUGGUACCAAUACCUCGACAGUGUACGAAUAUGUGACCUUGGUGGAUGCAAAUGGAAGCGGAAACUUACCAGGGAAUGGCUUUCUUCCAUCUGUUGUGUGCCCAGGAUUAACGGAUAUGAACCAAACUUAUACCAGCUUCAUAAGCGUGUGCGAAGUGGUUCCCCUGUUGACCACAGUCCGCGCCGAUUAUUCCAACGAACAAAUCUCUUCCGAGGUCAUCUCAUCCACUUCUUUCCAGUCAGAGAAUGCCGAGCUACUGUCAUUUAUCGCUGGAGUUGCCAGGUAUCAGUCGAUCGACUCGCAGGGACUUACGAGCAGUACCAUUGGGGAUACCUUGUACUCCAUCUAUUCGUCGACCACUACCAAAUCCGUCAACAACAAUCUUAAUGACACACAGAUUUACCUUGAGCUCAUCAGUUUCAUGACAUACUGUCUUGAUCCACUUCUUAUGAUUUUGGGAAGGUUCCUUCGUUCCGGGUUUAUGGCCAUAGGCAGCUUCCCCGAUAAUAUCAUCCCGAACAACCUCUCUUCCCCAGUCAACGGGACCAUGUUCAUAUCGACAAUAGGCUGGACUCGCUGGACUAGGAAGUCGCCGACAUAUCUGCUCGCUACAAUACCGCUCACCAUUAUCACCAUCCUCACUUUCGCCUGCGCAUUCUACAGUAUUCUUCAGUAUCAUCAAGAACAUCAAGAUAAACAACAUUACAGGGCCAACUUCGAUGUGUCAAAUAUUCUCCAUCUCAUUAUAGCAUGCGCUGGUGAGAAACUCGUACUCUCAAACAUCAGUGAUAAGAUCAAGAGAAAUGGGGGUGAUGUUCACCCGAGGGACCUCAAGUCCACUGACCUUAGAAAGCAGGAGGUGCAUGUGAGAGAUGUCAAACCGGUGCAUGUGGAAAAUAACCAUGUGUGA